AAGUAAGUAAAAUUAACGAACAACAUUUUCCCCAAACUCCGAUCACUUAUCAGGAUAGAGUGUCGGAACGGCAGUCUCUCCGAUCAGCCUCGCCGGCGACUCCUCAUCUCCGUGAAAUCACACAACUUCGAUGCUUCUAAAUGUGCUUUCGCUGUAAUCUCCCAAUUCUCAUCAGUGUGAUUGUGGUGAUCAUUUCAAUCCCAAUUUCCAACCGAAUAACAAAAUGCAGUUUAAGUAAUUUGGGGAAAAUGGAAACGGGAGUUUCCUCAUCGAAAUCGAUAGAUGGCGAAGAAGAUGUCUUCUCCUCCAAGCAAUCUGAUGUCUCCUCAGCUGAUCAUCUUGUUGUUAUGGUCCAUGGAAUCAUGGGAAGUACUGCAAAUUGGAAGUUUGCUGCUGAACAGUUUGUUAGGAUGCUCCCGGACAAAGUAUAUGUUCACCGCAGCGAAAAGAAUAUGGCUAUGCUGACGUUAGACGGCGUGGACGUAAUGGGCGAGAGAUUGGCCGAGGAGGUCUUUGAACUGAUCAAACAAAAGCCAAAUUUGCGUAAAAUCUCAUUCGUUGCUCAUUCUUUGGGAGGAUUGGCAGCAAGAUAUGCCAUCGGGAAAUUAUAUAAGCCUCCUAAAACUGACAGUGAAGGUAAUUUACUAGCUGAUGCUGCUGAGGAGUCAAAGGGGACAAUAGGUGGUUUAGUGCCAAUUAAUUUUAUUACGGUUGCCACACCUCAUCUUGGUUCAAGAGGUAACAAUCAGGUUCCGUUUUUGUUUGGUGUAACCGCUCUUGAGAAAGUUGCAGCUGGGGUUAGCCAUUUGAUAUUUAAAAGGACUGGACGCCAUCUAUUUCUUACUGAUGAUGAUAAUGAUGGAAAGCCACCACUGCUUAAGCGUAUGGUGGAAGAUCACGAGGAUUGUUAUUUUAUGUCUGGACUACGAUCAUUUAAACGUCGUGUAGCUUAUUCGAAUGUUGGUUAUGACCAUAUUGUUGGCUGGAGAACAGCAUCCAUCAGGCGAGCAGUUGAACUGCCUAAGUGGGAGGACUCUGUGAAUAAAAAGUAUCCUCAUGUUGUGCAUGAAGAAUUUAUCAAGGCAUGUGAUGCUGGGCGUGAUUAUCCAAUACCAGUUGAAGAUGACAGCUUAGAAAACGUAGAAGAGGAGCUGGUGACUGGCCUGUCUCGUGUGUCCUGGGAAAAAGUGGAUGUCAGCUUUCAUAGUAGUAGCAUACUGCGGUUUGCUGCUCACAGUGUUAUUCAGGUCAAGGAUGAGAACAUUCAUUCAGAAGGCGCAGAUGUUAUACAACAUAUAAUUGAUCAUUUUCAUGUCUAGACUUUAAAACCUAAGUGUCCAGUUUUACAGAAAGGGUUAGAUUUUCUGUUCUUUCUAUACAGGUUGAGAUGUUCACCAUGCCAUCUAGGGAAUUGUAAUUGGUUGCACUUUUCACAACUGUGGACAUGACAUCGAGUUUAUGAAGUUGAAAACUGAGGUCUUCAAGUCGCGGAAGCUGGAAAUUCGAAGGCAACUGACAAUAAUAUUGCAGUAAGUUUUAUCAAUUAUUAUGCUCUAAUAUGACAUACAUCUGCAUUUCUCAUGUCAGGUAUGAUUUAAGAUAACUAUUAUAUCCUGUAUCACUUAAUAGACAGUCUCUUGGUUUGGAUAAUGCUGUUAUAUAAGCUCAUAGGCCAUUAAUACAGCUAAGAGUCUCAUUUUUUGUGUAAAUUUGUGAAGGGGGAGUGGUUAGGAUUGUUUUAAUUACACUCUCCUAUGUUUAUUUCCUAAAUGUGACGGUUAAUUCAGGUUUAUAGUUAUAUUGGAUUGGUAAACCAAUGAAAAGUUUUGUGUUUUACUGUUUUUGGACAAAAAAUAAGGGAAUUUACCAAAAACACCAUUUUUUCUAAGUUUUUUUGCGAUUUUACUAUCUUUUGAAAAUAUUUGCAAAAAUACUUAUGUUUUGGAAAAUAUUUGCUAAAAUACGGUCUGCAACUAGAUUCAACCAUAUGCAAUUCAGUUAAUUGGCCCCGCAGGGGUUGCAAAUAUGGUUGCAUGUGGUUGCAUACAAUAUUUUUGCAAAUAUUUUCAAAAGUUUGGUAUUUUUGCAAAAUAUUUGGAAAAAAAUGUAGUAUUUUUGCAAAAAAAAUUAAAAAUUUGGACUUGAAUAUUUAUGAGAAAACUCUAAUAUAAUUUGUUUUUUGCUGCUAUGGACUUCAGGAAUUGUUCUUCCUUUGUUCAUUUAGUUUUAUAGCUUCCUGGAAAACAAAUUACCUGAUGUAAAUCUUACCUUAGUUUGGUAGACUCUGGUUCAUAACUAUUAUCUUGAAUGUGGCACUGUUGUUUGUUUCCUCAGUCCUGCGAUAGCAAGUAGAGCAUAAUUUUUUCUUAUAAAUGGACUAGCUAUAUCCUGUCUUUUGUGAUUUGCUUUUGCUACUGUCAUAUGUUCCUCUAUGCUGCAAUCUUGUGGUUUUACAAGCCUGUCCUGUAGGUAUCUAAAACUCGCAAGGCAGCUUUCACUCUUCUAAUAUGCUUCCCAACUCAACUGUAUUUUGUUGUUAUGUAAAAUCUGUUCGGAGUAUUCUUGUAGCCAUGUUACUAUUUUAGUGUAAUUAGUAAUAGACUAUUAAUACAUGAUGAACAUUGGCUAGGAACCUUUGUGCUAAUGCCAACCUAAAUGCACAACUUGUCAUCCUCAGAUUUGAUUAGAACCCUGAAACUGUCUGUUGUCUGUAUUCACAUUCUAGGCGGUGAGCAUCUCAGGAUUCUAUGGACUUGCUUGAAGUAUUAGGACUUCCACCAGGAAAUUUAUAUGUUAGAUUUUUUUCUGUUAACCAAAUUAAAGGCACUCACCACUAUGUCCUGCUCUAAAGUUGGUUCAAGUAAGUAUUAUAGAGGGAGGUUGAGAUUUGUGCAGACCCUACUUGCUUAGUGGGGGACUCAUCAGAAAUGGUGACGGAAACCAGAUUGCACUUGACAAUUUCAAAUUUUGUUGAGAGGGGGCCAAUUUGUACUUGGAAUAUUUUGUGGCCGAAGUGUACUUAUUGAAGGGACUAAUAAAAUAUUCAAUCCCCAACUUGUAUACUAGCAAAUGUAAGCAAAAAAGACUUUAGGGCAGGUCGUGUUAAGUGACAAACUCUCCCAAAAUCUCAAGUUAAAGCCCAUUUUUUGAGUCGAGAGUAGAUAUUGGGGGUCGUAGGGAGUUGAACCCGAGUCUCCCCGAGACUGGACUCUGAUACCAUGUUAAAUGACCAAUUCUCCCAAAACCUAUUGGAAGGAGAACUUGCCAGCACUAUAUUAAAUUUUAACAGGUUGCGGCGCACGCUUGAUGCUAAGCACGCCCACCUUUGUUCCUACUCCUUUAAGUAGAAAGACUGAUUCCCUGAGGACCGACAUUUUGACAAAAAUCUUGAAAAGUUUGGAAGAUAAAACUGUUAUUUUCUAUAAGUUUAAUACUCUAAUGAAUAACAAUGAAAAGCUGCAGUAAGGUAUUACAGGGUAAAAAGCAGUGUUGAUAUAUCCAUUAUUCCAUCCUGUAGUUGGGUUCUCUGGUGAUUUAAGAAGUAAGUUUAACUUCUCACUUCAAAACGGACAGAAACACGACUGUGGAUUUAUGGAUUACUGUUUUGUAAAUAGAGUCUACUUGUGAAAUGUUAGUUCUGGUAUUGUAAUGUGCAACUGAAAAUCAAGAGUGAAGCUGAUGACUUUGAGAUUACGGGCUAGGCUUGUUGCACCCACAAAUUAAUCCCGUUUCAUUCAACACCAUGAUCUCAUAUACAACAAAUGGUUUGAUAGAUACUUCUUUAUUGAAGUGAGCUUAGACACCUCUGGGAUACAAUGAUCAGUCAGUCUGCGAUAGGAUAGUGGCCCUGACUUUAAUGUUAGUAUCCUGGCUUUACGAAGGUUGAUUAGUUAAAGAACUUUAAACGAGUAUGUUGUAGAUAACCGGGUUGUAAAUUACAAUUCAUGUUGUUUUCACAUUUUCUUUUCUUUUUGUGGCUCCUCACAGGCUGCAUUUACUGAAACAUUUUCUUUACUGGUCUGGAUACCUCUGACCCUCCGGUAAAGAAAAAAUUAUUUCGAAACUGGAGUAUACGUCUCUCUUAAUUUUAAUAUUUGGAAAUUUUUAUUUCUAUUAAUUUCCGAAAGUCACGCCGAUUCGGAUUCGAAUUUUUCAAAGGGAGCCUCCCCGUCUCGCCAGUGUAUAUCUAUGAGUAGACAGGAUUAUGUUUGGCUAGGUGUGAGCCUGUAACUAUCAUGCUUGGGUGCGGAGAUAGAAUUUUGCAAGUUGGUUGUGAUGGGUUUAGUUGCUAUGUACAUGCAAGAAGCAGAGGUCCCCCUUGAAGGAUGCCAAUAGUAGACCAGCUUCUUUCACUCACUUAUCCUCUGUGUACAUCUCAUAAUUUUGUCGUCGGCCACCACAUAACUAGAUGAUUAUCGAGUCCCAAUCAUAAAUCAUUGACGGAUUUUUAGUAUGAGCUCAUAAAUACA